UAGACGACAGGUGAGUACAGAUUUCCUGACAUCCAACAUGGCGCCCUCAAGAAAAACUGUCGUCUGCCUCGUGAUCCUAGUCACGGUUUGUCUGGUGUUGGACCUGGCCGCCGCCCACUCCAGCAAACACCACCACCACCACCACCACAAGGUGGAGGCCUCCCACAAGCACAAACACGACCACAGCCACAGCCACAAGCACGAGCACCAUCACCACGGCAGCAGUAGCAGCAGCAGUGGAAGCAGUGGUAGCAGCUCCAGCAGCUGUAGCUCUGAGAGCGAGGGCGGCGAGAAGGAGCUGCUCCUGGCUAUGCUUCUCCAGGCUGCCCAAGCCGCCGCCGCCGCUGGUUAACUCCCCUGAGACACCGCUCCGCCAUGACAUAUCCAACAUACACUCUUCAUCAUCAUCUGAUAUGGGAAUGUACAUCAUCAUCAUCAGAAUAUGCUAUCCUUUGUUAUUGUUAUGCAUCGCUAGUUAUUCAUAUAUACAAUAUAUACGGUCAUCUAUAAAUAAUUAUACUAACCAAA